AGCUCGUAAAUUAUCUUCGUGUUCUUGUGAUAAUAUAUAUACAUACGUGAGUAUGUAUGUAUAUUAUAUUUGGAGAAUUAAUUAAUUCUACAUUUCUUGUAAGUCAUUCUGCAUUAAAUUCAGUAAUUUUGCUUUGAUCAGUUAUUAUUUUUCUGCAAUUAAACAUUUUGUAGUUUAUUUAAAUUUAUUUUCAGUGUCACUGCCAAAACUGUAUAUAGAGCUCGAUUCGAUUCGAUUCUUGAUUCCGAUCUCUAUAUUUAGUGUCUAAAAUAUCAUUUCCGAAUUGUUUUAACCCUAUAGUUACGUAGAUUAAUCUCUUUAAGCUUUCUUGAUUUUACUUCAUCAAAGAAAAUAUAGCUUUCUUGAUCUUAAUUCUUCCAUUCUUCUUGAUGUAAUAUAUAGUUUUCAUCUCCUCAAAAUAUAUUUUUAAUAAUAUCAGUCUCUACGAUAAAAAAAAAACCCUAAACUUGAUACGUAUUAGUUAUGGCAGACUCGGACAACGAGUCAGGAGGAACUCAAAACCCGACGAACUCAUCAAACAAUGACUACGUGUUAUCUCCGAGAGAGCAAGACCGUUUCUUACCGAUAGCAAAUGUUAGCCGGAUAAUGAAGAAAGCGCUUCCGGCGAACGCUAAAAUCUCCAAAGAUGCUAAAGAAACACUUCAAGAAUGUGUGUCGGAGUUCAUCAGCUUCGUCACCGGAGAAGCCUCCGACAAAUGUCAGCGGGAGAAGCGGAAGACGAUCAACGGCGAUGAUCUUCUGUGGGCAAUGACUACGUUAGGGUUUGAGGAUUACGUUGAUCCCUUGAAAGUUUACUUGCAGAGGUUCAGAGAAAUGGAAGGGGAGAAGAAUGCUGUAGUGCGUGAUAAGGACGCGCCUGCUAAUGGAGGUGGGUAUGGUGUUGAUGGAUAUGGUGGCUUUGGAGGAUACGUGUACGGUUCCGGUGGAGGGUACUUUAAUCAGAUGAGUGGUGGUGGUGGGCCGGAGUAUAGUGGGCCUGGUGCUAGUUUGGGUAGGCCCAGGUAGGUUUUAUUGAUGGCCUGUUUGUUAGGAACUGGGUGUGAUAAUCUUGGCCCAUGUUACUGUGAUUUGAUUGGCUGAUGAGGUACAAUAUCAUCAGAUGAUGUACACGUGUACGGUUCUUGUAAGUAAUCAGAUUUCUUCGAUGCAUUAUGUGUAUAUACAUGUAAAUAUAGAUAUAUGGUGAUAGAAAGCCAAAGAUAAUCAUAUAAUAGGAUAAUUGUGUAUUGUAUAUCAUUUUUGUUGUUUUAAUUAAACUAUGUUACUGA